GCGGCCGCCGCCGGUCCAGCCAGUUACGAUCCUGUGCUCCGCGCGCUCGGCAGCAGUCCGACGUACGCCUGCUUCUUGCCUCGGCGACUCCGCCGCAUCCCGGAGCACGGACUCACAGGCGUGCUCGCGAGCGCGGUUUCAUCGCGCGUUUAUUGUUUUGGUUUGUUUUUCUCUCUCUCUACCUGGAUUACGGCCCGAGCCUCGUGCCACUUCCUCUGCGCCGGAGGUCACGUCCCUAUGACCACAAUACGUCAUUCUCGACUGAGAUAAGAAGCCGGGGACAUGAUCAGUUGAACGAGGACCCUGCUCCAGCGGACCAUGUGUCACUUCUGCUUCAGAGUCCUAACCUUCUUCAGCCUGCUCUACCUGACAGUGUCACAAAAUCCACCGGUCUUCAAAAAGGACGAUGAAAGGACACUGUACGAGGUGAUGGCGGGCGACACGGUGCGGCUCCGGUGCGCCGUCUCAGGACAGCCGCGGCCCUACUUGGCCUGGUAUCACGAAGAGAGCGAACUGACGACGGCGCCACGCGAGAACAUCCGCGUGUCGCGUCACACGCUCACCAUCCAGAACGCGCAGCCACGCGAUGCCGGCCGCUACUUCUGCAAGGCGAACAACGGCCUCGGCGAAGCCUGGAAGAACUUCACUGUGCGAGUAGAAGUCCUUUCUGGAGACCAAGCAAAAGCCCCGGACAACAUUCUUCACACGAGAAAUGCAAGUGCAGUUACCGCACCGUCUGUCGAUGAAACAACAGAAAUCACGGAAAAGCUAGAGCCACCGACGUUCGUAAAGGUGAAUCCCCAGUUGGUGGUACAGCCAGCGGGAAGCAACGUGGUGUUGCCAUGUAUCGUCAAAAGCAACCCUCCGGCGAACAUCACGUGGCUCAAGAACGACCAGCCACCAACGCGACUGCUGGGAAAAAAGGUUAUUUACCGGACACACAAAUUGUCAUUGAAUGACGUAAUGGUGUCCGACGCGGGCAAUUACACCUGCACGGCCAUCAAUUCUCUGGGGAACAUCAGCUACACCUACACAGUUGAAAUCAAAGAACGAAUUCCACUUCGGCCAAUAAUUUAUGAGGACUCCAUCCAGAACCUGACCGUGUACGUCGGACAGCAAGCACGCUUCGAAUGCCGCUUCAUAAGCGACCUGCAGCCGCACAUUCGCUGGCUGCGGCAUUACUCCGUGAACGGCUCAUACUUCCAGAACGAUGACGAGACUACACCUUACGUCAGUGUCGUUCAGAGUGCGAAUCAGAGCAUAUAUGAUCCUCGAGUCCUCGUGAUCGACAACGUGACGAUGGAUGACGAAGGCUGGUACACUUGUCUAGUUGGCAAUAGCGUUGGCAUCAGCAACAAGAGCGUCUAUUUGAAUGUUGAGCCAUUGCCGCAACCCGAGAAGUCCAGCUUCACGAUGACGCUCCUCAAGCAUCCAUGGAUGUUGGCGCUGGCCACUGUGCUGGGCGUGAGCGCCGUUGUGGGCGUCAUCACCACGCUCGUCUGCCGCUCUGCCAUGCUGUCACUGCAGCAGAAGCUCGAUGUAGCCCAGAAGCAGCAUGUGGUCGUCCGCAAGAAGGUCAUCCUCGAGCGCCAGAUUUCGGAUUCUGGGCACUACGAAGACUCAUCCGUAGCCCCACUGGUCAAGAUCGACCACCAGAGGGGCUUCAUGCCUUCGGAGCUAAACACCGUUUGCGAAUACGAGUUGCCUCUGGACCCCGAAUGGGAAUUUCCCAGGGAAAGACUGGUCCUCGGCAAGCCUCUGGGAGAAGGAGCAUUCGGCCAAGUGGUCAAGGCAGAGGCGUACGGCCUUGGCGACAAGGAAGGACCCACAAUCGUAGCCGUCAAGAUGCUGAAAGAUGGGCAUACUGACAGCGAAAUGGCCAACCUCGUUUCCGAGAUGGAGGUGAUGAAGACCAUCGGAAAGCACAUCAACAUCAUUAACCUGCUUGGAUGCUGCACGCAAGACGGCCCGCUUCAAGUGAUAGUCGAGUACGCCGCCCAUGGGAACCUCCGCGACUUCUUGCGCACCCACCGUCCGAGCUCUGGUUACGAGCAAGCUAUUGGGGCUGACUUGAAACCAAAGACGCUGACGCACAAGGACCUGGUCUCGUUCGCGUAUCAGGUCGCUCGUGGGAUGGAAUACCUCGCCUCGAAAAAGUGCAUUCACCGUGAUCUGGCAGCGAGAAACGUGCUAGUCGUGGAGAACAACGUAAUGAAGAUUGCUGACUUCGGUCUGGCGCGUGACUUGCACAACAUCGACUACUACAAGAAGAAAUCAGACGGACGUCUGCCUGUCAAAUGGAUGGCUCCGGAAGCCCUGUUCGAUCGGGUCUACACCACACAAAGCGACGUAUGGUCUUAUGGCAUCCUUCUGUGGGAGAUCAUGACACUCGGUGGCACACCGUACCCGUCUGUGCCCAUCGAAAAGUUGUUCCAGUUGCUCAGAGACGGACACAGGAUGGAGAAACCUCAGGGCUGUUCGCUUGAAGUGUAUGUGAUAAUGAGGGAAUGCUGGAACCAGUCGCCAUACCAGCGGCCAACCUUCACGGAACUCGUGGAGGACCUCGACCGGAUCUUGACGUUCGCCACGGACCAGGAGUACCUGGACCUGUCUAUUCCUGUGCUGGACACGCCGCCCAGCUCCUCCGAGAGCGACUCCUCUCUCUCGUUCGCCGCGCACCACACGGCCGUGUGAAGAUGCUGCCGACCCCUAGUCGCGCGACCGCUCCCCCGCCUCUCGGCGCCCGAGGCAGGGCCCUGGCCAUCCGCUGCUGGACAGCACGUCCUGCGCAGUGGUGCACGCUUCCGGCGCAAGGCAGCGUCCUCUGUAAAAAGCUGUGAAUAGCUCGAUGUAAAAUGAAAAGUGGAUGUUAUUUAUUAUGUAAAGUAUCGCUCGUUUCAGGGAUAUGACUUCAUGCACAUUACUGUCACGCGAAGCAGCGAACUCGCGCUGGAUCGCGUUAAAUUUCAAAGGUGCCGCAGAGGAUACAAUAGCUAUAUUUUUUUAGCUUAGCUUUGAGCGAGCUUAAGGUGACCGCACAAAGCGGGUAUUCCUGCUAUUUCCUCCCAAGUGCAAUGGUCUCCCAAGUGCAAUGGCAGUUUCCUCAAUGCGCCCCAACAGUGUACGUUGCUCUCUCAAUUGCGCAACGCACGGGCAGCUGGAAAUCGUCUUUCUUCCGGUGUUCCACCAGCUGUUCACGUGCCCGUUUCGCAGUACCCUACAGCACUUCACCUUUGCCUCCACCGUCAUAGUUAUCGCAUAGGGACACCUUCGAAACCGCCGAAUAGCUAUCUGUAGACGUCGACGUUGUAUUUGUGAGGGAAAGAAUACUUUCCAGACCUCACAAAGUGAUGUAUACCGUUAUACAUUUUGUUUCCGAACAAAUUCUACGCGCUCGCUACUUGCGCGUGCGUCCCUGCUUCUGACUGAACCUGAUACGCUAAAGCUCCCUCCAUCCGCCUCGACGUCGAACAAACGCAGAAGCCGAGGCGAACUACAUGGUGCUUAUGCGGUGCCCGCAAGGACGCCUAAACGAGAGCCGGCGCGCUAAGCCAACAGGAGCACCAUAAGCGCGCCUCACGCCAGCUCCAGCGUUGAAUUAACCAGAUGUCCUUGCUCGGCGAAUGCUGAAUUAGGCAAGUAGCUCUGUAAGCAUCGCAUACCCGUAGACAGUCGCAGUAGCGUCUACAAAGUGCGCUCCGCUUGGGAGCGUCACAAUCGCGCUGACUUCUGAACCUCCAGCUGUACGUUGCCAACGUCGGUGCCUCGUACUGAUCAGACAGGGCCGUGCAAAAGGCGAAAAAGUUGUCACUAUAUAAACCGCCUAAAGCUGUCAGGACGUAAUAUACAAUGUCAGAAUCGCAACUCCACGCCGUGUCUUGAGCAGCGAAAAAAUAUAUAUAUACAAAGAAAAGAAAUGCAAGCAGCUCUUCAGCGGCAAAAAACUUAGCCGAGUGUCAUUUUCAGCUCAAAUGGCUCUCGAGUGAGAUUCAAUGGUGCACCUCGGCUUUUGAGCAGGACAAAAACUGCCGCAACGUUGCAGCUUCCUUGCACUGUCGGCCAACCGUGUUAAAGAACAAAGAGUCUGUGAGAAUAUUCCAGCUUGUAAGUGAUUGCAUGUAAAAUAAAAUAUUGGCAUGUGAAAAGAGCCCCACGUUUUUUUUAAGACCUCAUCUGAAACGUCACGAAAGAAACAAACAAAAAAAAUAACACUGAUACUAGAGAAGAAGUAGCCAUGAUAGCCCUCUCAAGCAGCUAGAUAUGUAUUACCUAAUAACAAAAUACUUGCAGGAUUCAAGUCACGGUGGUUAAACAGUUGGUUGAAGCUCUUCUUCACGAUGUUUUCCAGCAAGACGGAAGACUUCAACAAACGAAUGUGCUUUCAUAAUUUUGUGGCACCAAACAACGCUAUUUUGCACGGCCUUGUCUUGUGCAGUGUUUUCAACAGUGUUUAAGGAUGUAAGUGCAAUGCGCGAAAUACAUCACUGUUUACGGAUAUUGCGCAAUGCGCUUCUGUAAACACAACACACAAUUCGUCAAACGUUCUUGCCAGUCUGUGUGUGCUGCAAAAUGUGUCAACUCUGUGACUUACCAUGUACACGCAGCCAGUCGGUAUUCAACACUGAAAAAUAUAUUAUUUUCACAUUGACAUUUGUUGAGAGAGAGAGAGUACAAAUAAUGUUGUCAUGCUCAUCAUGUGUUGGCAUUUAUGUAAAUACCACCUCUUUGCUGUCCACACUUGUUUUGGUUUCUGUAAAAUAAAAUCUGCUUCACAAAUUGAU